AAUUGUUGAUCAUACAUUUUGACAUCAACGCACAUUUAACACCAAUCUUCAUAAAUUUUUAAAUUCUUAUAAUGGCUUUAUAAAGAAACUGAAAUAUUGAAUAUUUAAAAUUUCUUUUUACCUUAAAAUAAUCUGAAAAUCAUGACUGUCAUAACAGCAUUAGGAAGCUGAAUUUUGAAGGUUAUUAGUUUGACAGGGAAAUUAUUAUUUUUUUAUUGUAAAUAGUGAUAUUUAAGGUAAAAACAUAAAUUUUAAGACUAGAAAGGAGUGAUCAACUCAUUUGUUCCGUCAAAGUGGAGUAAUUCAUUAUUGUAAUACAUCAUGGCAUCGGGACCUAUACUCCAGAAAGCUAUUGAUAUGGUAACAAAGGCCACUGAAGAAGAUAGAAACAAAAAUUAUGAAGAAGCAUUAAGGCUUUAUGAACAUUCGGUAGAAUAUUUUCUUCAUGCUAUCAAGUAUGAAGCACAAGGCGAAAGAGCUAAGGAUAGUAUUCGCAGUAAAUGUAUGCAGUAUCUCGAUAGAGCAGAAAAAUUAAAAACUUAUUUAAAAAAGGGCAAAAAGAAACCAGUUAAAGCUGGUGAAGAAAAUUCAAAAAAUGAAGAUAAGAAAAGUGAUAGUGGAGAUAGUGACACGGAUAGUGAUCCUGAAAAAAAGAAGUUGCAGAGCAAAUUAGAAGGAGCAAUUAUAAUUGAAAAACCAGAUAUAAAAUGGAGUGAUGUUGCAGGAUUAGAUGGCGCUAAAGAAGCUUUAAAAGAAGCUGUUAUACUUCCGCUUCGGUUUCCACAUUUAUUUACCGGAAAAAGAAUUCCAUGGAAAGGAAUUUUACUAUUUGGUCCACCCGGAACAGGUAAAUCCUAUUUAGCAAAAGCUUUGGCAACCGAAGCCAACAAUUCUACUUUUUUCUCAGUUUCUUCUUCUGAUUUGGUAAGCAAAUGGUUAGGAGAAUCUGAAAAAUUAGUCAAAAACUUAUUUGAGUUAGCUAGAACUCACAAACCUAGUAUCAUUUUUAUUGAUGAAAUUGAUUCUCUUUGCUCUUCAAGAUCUGAUAAUGAAUCUGAAUCAGCUAGAAGAAUAAAAACAGAAUUCUUAGUUCAAAUGCAAGGCGUAGGGACUGAUAAUGAUGGAAUUCUUGUUUUGGGAGCAACAAAUAUACCCUGGGUCUUAGAUUCUGCUAUUAGAAGAAGAUUUGAAAAAAGAAUUUAUAUUCCUCUACCAGAAGAGCCAGCAAGAGUAAUUAUGUUUAAGCUUCAUUUAGGAAAUACUUCCCACUUCUUAAGCGAAGAGGAUUUUAAAAAAUUAGCUUCGGCAACUGAAGGUUAUUCAGGAGCUGAUAUUAGUAUUAUAGUGAGAGAUGCUCUUAUGCAGCCAGUAAGACAAGUACAAACAGCUACACACUUUAAGAAAGUCAGAGGACCAUCACCUAAAGAUCCAUCAGUUAUUGCAGAAGACUUACUUACGCCGUGCUCACCCGGAGAUCCGGCAGCAAUAGAAAUGAAUUGGAUGGAAGUGCCUGGAGAUAAAUUAUUUGAACCCCCAGUCACUAUGAAAGAUAUGCUAAAAUCAUUAAGUACUACCCGUCCAACUGUAAAUGAAGAGGACAUGAGUAAGCUUGAAAAGUUUAAAGAAGAUUUUGGUCAAGAAGGUUGAUUAUCAUAGUCAAUAAGAAGUGAUCGAGAUAAUAACUGAAUAAUUGAAUUUGAGCGCUCUUGCCUUGUUCCUGGUUUUGAAUCAUUCUGCAUGUUUGAUAAACAUGAGAAUGAUAAGAAAAGUUUUUCCUUUGUUUAAAAAAACAUUCAAGAUACUCAAAUGGCAACUUGUGUGUAAUAAACUCAUUGUUUGCCAAUUGUGGCAUCGCUAAAACAAUAAAAUAAUGUAUAUUUUCAGAUAAAAAUAUUUAAAUUAUCAAAACUAAUCAACAAAGUUACAAUUUUCAUCUUUUAAUGAUGGAACAAUUAUAAGGGUUUUUGUUUUAAAAAAACAAUUUUAUUAUUUAAUUUAAAUAUUUUAAUUGCAUAACCGAAU